UUCACCCCCGCGUGCCGACCCUCCUGCAUUCACCGCAGGUGCUGCUCAUCCGCAGCCGCUUAGACUUUAUUGUAAUAACCAGUGAGUACCUGCCCCGUUGUCGUCUCCCCUCUCCCCUCUGCCUUUGCGACCGCCGCCGCCGCCGUUUCGAGCAAGCACACUCCUGCCUCUGCUCACCAAUCUCACCCGGAUCUGCACGCCACGCCCGGCAGUCGCCCUAUGCUCCAACCUCUUUUGCUACGCCGCCUCUCCCCUCACACCCUGUAUUGACUUCUUCGUUCGCGCAGAUUCCGUGUCGGCCGGCCUCUCGACGGAACAUCUCUACGUACCUUCCCUAAUAUCACAAUAACACCGCCACCAUGGGUUGCGGAAUGAGCACAGAGGAGAAGGAGGGGAAGCAGAGGAACGAGGAGAUUGAGAACCAGCUCAAGCGCGACAAGAUGCUGCAGCGCAACGAGAUCAAGAUGCUGCUUCUCGGCGCUGGUGAAUCGGGCAAAUCGACGAUUCUCAAGCAGAUGAAGCUCAUCCACGAGGGCGGCUACUCGCGCGACGAGCGGGAGUCGUUCAAGGAGAUCAUCUUCAGCAACACCGUGCAGUCAAUGCGCGUCAUCCUUGAGGCCAUGGAAUCACUGGAGCUCCCGCUCGACGACCAGCGCGCCGAGUACCACGUCCAGACCAUCUUCAUGCAGCCCGCGCAGAUUGAAGGCGACAGCCUGCCUCCAGAAGUCGGCAACGCCAUCUCGGUGCUAUGGAAAGACGCGGGUGUGCAGCAGUGCUUCCAGCGAUCGCGCGAAUACCAGCUCAACGACUCCGCGAAAUACUACUUCGACUCAAUUGACCGCAUCGCUGCGCCCGACUACAUCCCCAACGACCAGGAUGUCCUGCGCUCGCGUGUAAAGACGACUGGUAUCACCGAAACUACCUUCAUCAUUGGCGAUCUCACAUACCGCAUGUUCGACGUCGGAGGCCAGCGCUCGGAAAGAAAGAAGUGGAUACACUGCUUCGAGAAUGUCACUACCAUCCUCUUCCUGGUCGCCAUCUCCGAGUACGACCAGCUGCUCUUCGAAGACGAGACAGUCAACCGUAUGCAGGAGGCGCUUACCCUAUUCGACUCUAUCUGCAACUCGCGGUGGUUCGUAAAGACAUCGAUCAUUCUGUUCUUGAACAAGAUCGACAGGUUCAAGGAGAAGCUGCCUGUCAGCCCGAUGAAGAACUACUUCCCGGACUACGAAGGCGGGCCAGACUACGCCGCGGCGUGCGACUACAUCCUGAACCGAUUCGUCUCGCUCAACCAGCACGAGACCAAGCAGAUCUACACCCACUUCACCUGCGCUACGGACACAAUGCAGAUCCGAUUUGUCAUGGCUGCAGUUAACGACAUUAUCAUUCAAGAGAACCUCCGAUUGUGCGGUCUGAUAUAAGUCAAUGGGGUAUUUCGUGCUGGGACAAACAAAAGACCUUUAUCACUGGGAGUUGAGUCACGGGUUGUAUGUCUUUGACGACGGCAUUAUUCGCCAUGUCAUGCUGCACGGCGUUGUGAAAAUGCUUUUCUUUCAUCUCGCACACUUUCGUCACCCAUAACUCAUUCGACUUCCUGUUUGAGCGGGCUGCCCUCAUCCAUCCCAUCGCCAAAGAUGGUUUCUCUUUGAUACCCUGCGUGGGCCGGGGGAAUUUCUCCACGUCAGAACAAAGUAAGCUUUUUUAUUUCCGGGCGCUACUAUUGCCUGUGAAUUCUUAUUCCGUUCUUCUUCUUCUCCUUAUAUGUACUUUUGCAAGGGAUUGGGAC